AUGUCAUUCGAAACUGAUACUUUGACUUAUAAAGCCGUUACUUACUUUGAUGGUUCCGACCCAUUAACUCUCACUGAUAAAACCAUCAAGUUGGAAAAAAAACCUAAUGGUAAAUAUGGUAUUAAUUCCAAAAAAAUUUUAGUUAAAGUCAAUUAUGCUGCUUUGAAUCCUGUUGACCUUGUCAUCUAUCGUUCUUCUCCUAAAUUAUUAUCAAGGUUCAUUGGCGAACAAGGUAUUGGAAGAGACUAUUCUGGAACAAUUGUUGAUAUUGGAGAUGAAGCCGCUGAGAAAACAUCUUUCAAAAUCAAUGAUCAAAUUAGUGGGAUGUAUCCAAGAUUUUUCGGUCCGGGUACCGUUGCUGAGUAUGUUAUACUUGACCCAUUUGACGAAAAAGAUGUUGAAAGUGCGUUAAUUCCGAAGAAUUUAAGUCUUUCAGAAGCAUCAGCUUUUCCAUUAGUCUUGGGAACUGCUCUUGAUGUUUUUGACAAGGCUUCCGAACUCAAUUCAAAUUCAAAAGUUCUAAUUAUUGGGGCUGGUACUUCAGUUGGAAGAUAUUUAGUCCAAUUGGCUAAAAAUUAUUAUAAUGUCAAAGAAAUUGUAACCACCAAUUCCCCUAAAUCUGACGAUGAUAUAAAAAGUUUUGGAGCUGAUAAAAUCAUUGAUUACACUAAACAUAAAUCAAUUUUGAAUCCAGUAUUGGAAUCGGUUAAAGAAACUGGUAAAUUUGAUGCCAUUCUUGAUUCUGCUGGGUCUUCUGAUUUAUUCCCACAAAUAAAUGAAAUUCUUAAACAUAAAAAUGAAGGAGGUUCAUAUGUAACUGUUGUUGGUGAUAAGAAGUAUGAAUAUACAACUGCUACUAUAUUCGGUUUGUUUCUUCCAAACAUCAAGGCCAUCUACCGUACUUUUGCCGAGUUAUUUGGUUUGACUACUUAUAGUUACAAAUUUUCUUUUGUUUCACCCGGUACAAAAUGGAUUGAUCAUGCUAAAGAUUUGAUUGAAAAGGAAACUUUGAAAGUCAACGUGGAUAGUAUUCAUAAAUUAUCCAAUUUCCAAGAUGCUUUUGAAAGAUUAAGCACUAAUAAAGCUCAAGGGAAAGUUUUAAUUGAGCUUUCGGAAUAG